GACGUCACGGAGGCGCAUUAUCCAGCUGAUGACGUCACAGAAGCGCAAUAUCCAGCUGAUGACGUCACGGAAGCGCAUUAUCCAAAUGAUGGCGUCACGGAAUCUCAUUAUCCAGAUGAUGACAUCACAGAAACGCAAAACCCAGAUGAUAACGUCACAGAUGCAUAUAACGCAGAUGGUGACGUCACGGAAUCAUAUAACCCAGAUAAUGACGUCACGAAAACGCAAAACCCAGUUGAUGACGUCACGGAAGAAGGCUGGACGGAGGAUACCUUAACUAUAGAUCACACGGAGAGUUCAGACCAAUUCGAUGACGUAACGGAUGAACCCAGCCAAUCAGAAUCCUCAACGGUGAGCUUCGAUUCACCCGAAAUGACUACUGAAACCUAUGACGUCUUCACCGAUAGCUAUGACGUCAUGGAUGAUGUCACCGAGAGCUCUUAUCAGUACUAUGACGUCACAGAGAGUCUGGACGUCACCACCUUAUCUGCUGAGGUUUCUUUGACUGAAAAUCCGACGGAGGAAGGAGAAAAUGUCGAUAAACAAGAGGAAGGAAGAGAUAACGGUGAAGAGCAAAGUGAGAAAGAAGAAAAUAUGGAAGAACUGAAGAUGAUAGGAAAGGAAGUGGAAAUAAAGGUGACGGGAGGCGAAGAGGACGAUAUAAUAGAAGAAACCGAGAGAGAAGGAGACGAAGAGGCAGCGAAGGAAGGGACAGAAGCAGAGGAAGAGAGCGAGAAGGAAACAAAAGCGAAUACCGAAGCGGAAGAACACGUGAAAGAGCGACGAAGGGGCAAGGCCAAGAAGUGGUUGCCGCCGCGGUUCCAGCUGAUAGACAACGAAACCGAUGAAGAAGACGACUUAAAGAAGAAGAAGAAGAAGAGCCACCUGGACGAGGCGCUGAAGAAGAAGAUGCACGACUCCCACGGGUUCCUGGUGGGCCGGCCGGACGUCGAAAUGGAGGACGAGGUGGAGGACUUGAAGAUCCUCGAGGCCGUUGUGACCAGCAUGGCGGAGUGGGAGUUCAACCAGCUGCAGAAGAAGCUAAACGGGAAGCGCCGUGUGAAGAGGGACGAGGAAGUUGUGUGUUACAAGGACCUCGGCUGCUUCAGGGACGAGGGACCCUUCGACUACCUGGACAUGCUUCCUUCACCGCCCGAGGAGAUCAACUCGCGAUUCCUCCUGUACACACGCGAGCGCCCCGACAGAGAGAAGCUGAUCACUUACCAGAACAUCACCACUCUGAUCGACUCGACCUUCAACGCGUCGCGACCCACCAAGAUGCUCAUCCACGGCUUCGGGUCCUCCUGCUACAGCGUGUGGAUUCGAGAGAUGAGGGUGGCGCUCCUCACCAUGAUGGACGUCAACAUCAUCUGCGUGAACUGGCAAAAGGGCGCCGAAGUCCCGAAUUACGUCCGGGCGGCGAGCAACACGCGUCUUGUGGGUCGACAGGUGGCGGUGCUGAUUGAGACGAUGAACGCUUAUCUCAACACGACUCUGGACGACUUCCAUCUCAUUGGAUUCUCUCUCGGGGCCCACGUCUCGGGUCACGCUGGGGCCAGGCUCAAGAAUCUCUCCAGGAUCUCAGGACUCGACCCCGCCGGCCCCCUCUUCGAGUCGUACUCCCCCUCCGUGCGCCUGGACUUCACUGACGCCAAGAUGGUCGACGUCAUCCACACCAACGCCGACUCGCUGCUGAUGGGCGGGUUGGGCGCGUUCGAACCCAUGGGCCACGUCGACUUCUAUCCGAACGGCGGCCGCGUCCAGAAGGGCUGCGCCAAUCUCUUCGUCGGGGGCGUGUCGGAUAUCCUGUGGCCCACCGAGGGCGACGGGCGGUACCUGUGCAACCACCGACGGGGCUACAAGUACUACCUCGACUCCAUAGCCCCCAUCUGCAAGUUCCCGUCGUUCGUGUGCCGGGACUUCGAGAGCUUCGUGAGGGGCGACUGCUUCCCGUGCGAGAAAUGCGGGAACAUGGGCUACUUCGCGGACAAGGCGGAGGGGCGCGGGCAGCUGUACCUCGUGACGCGGGACACCGAGCCCUUCUGCGCGAACCAGUACAAGGUCACCGUCCGGCAUUCUGGAGGACCGCCAGCUGACCCGGUCACCACUUACGGGAGAAUUGAUAUCACUUUUAUCGCCCCGGAUGGAAUUAAUGAGACGCUGCAGCUCACGAGAAGCGAAGACGAGGCGAUGGAGGCCGGCAAGACCAUGCGGAUCCUCGUGCCCCACCCGGCCAUCUCAGAGGUGACGGUGCAGCUGCGGUACACGGCCUAUAAGGGUUGGAUCUACUCCGGUUUCUCCCGCUGGGCCAUCGACCAGAUCGUGCUCAUGGACAGCUUCGGGAAGACCCUCUCCUUCUGUAACCGAGGAACGACCUUAGUGUCCGAGAAGGUGAUGCAGUUCAGCCUCCUGCCAGGGGAGUGUCCGGCGAGGGAGGUGCCCCACGGACCGCCCAUCACGCCCUGGCCCCUGGGAGACACCAGGCCAGAACACGCGGCCGGCGGCGACGAGAAACACAAGGAGAGCGAGAACGAAGUCCGCCACGUCCCUGGGCUGAGACUGGCGGUGGCGCAGCGCGUGGAGCCUCGAAAGAACGUCACUCAGAACGUGUCUCAGGGAACGUUCAACCACACCCGCGUCGUCCCUGGCCCCGUCGACGCCUUCCCCAGCGUUCCUCUGGCACCUGACGGCGGCGAAGGACUCCUGUCGAUCACCCUCGAGGUCCCCCCGAAUUACCAGGAGAUUCCACAGGGCCUUUACACGACCUCCCUGGCACACCAGCUCCAGAAGCCUCGCCAGCCCCAACAGCCACGCCUGCCUCCUCGACUGGGCCCUCCCAGCGCCCUGGCCGACCACGUGAGGCUCGCGGGGCCGCCCGGCAGGAGGGUCACGCUGCCACCGAAGGCCUCGGAGGACGUGGCGGUGAGCAGCGAGGACCCCGUCAGCGUGAUCCCCGCUCCGGAUCUGGCCAACAGACCCCACAACCUCACUAGCUUCAUGCACCCCCCGCCUCCACUCUCUGGGGUCACGGGUAAGCCUCCUCUCCCCCAGGCCUCGAACCCCACCGCCGUGGCCGCGGCGGAGAAGAAGAAGAACAGUCAGAGCAAGUUCCAGGUGUUCGUGACUCUCCCGACGACUUCGGCGCAGAGUCUGUCGACGACCAGCGACCCCGAGCAAGCCUCUCAGACGGAGGCGAUUGUCGACGUGACGACAGUGAGUGACAGUCCUCAGAGGGUCAUCUUCACGACCGGAGGCACGCUCGGCAGCACCUUCUCGACGAGAGCGAGCAAUCCUUUCCUUGCAACUUCAACUGAAAUCGAUCAGCUGAUCACAGGUAUUUCUCCAAGCCCUGCAACUGGCACGGAACCUCCUGCCGGCGGUAGCAGCGUGGCUGGAACUGAGGCUUCGCACCUGAUCACUCCUCCGGGAACCCUGGGCUCUGCAUCCAAGAGUCCCUGGCCCGUAUCCUCUACCUCGGGACCGAUUCUGACGUCACCCACCUCUACAGACAAGCCCGAGAAGAACUUAGAGAAACCGCAGGUCAUAGACGUGACGCAGCAAUUUACCAAGCAUAUAGAAGGCAUAAAUGGCUUCCAGCAAGAGGGCUUCGGCUUCCAUCCCCUGGACCGCUAUCCUUCCGCCUUCCACACAGGCCCUGGCUUGGGCGAGGACAUCCCUGGCCCCGUAGAUUACAACAGCGUGAUCGAUGGAGAGAUUCCGGUGAGGGAGCGCGCCCGCGCCCUCACCCUCGGCCCGCUCCCCGCCAGCGUCCUCAGCCGAGAGCAAAGCGUCGCCGAAGAGAAGCGCGACUGCCAGGACCCGUCCUGCCUGGAUUCGGGCUCGGGUCAGGGGCGCCCCGGACCCUCCCAGACCGCCCAGAACCGGGAGUCCGUUUCGUAUGGCGCAGCCUACUCGUCCUCGCACCCGCGCCCUGUCUGGUCCAACCAGCCCCCCACCGGGGACUCUCCUCGGCGGACUUUCCCGUUGCCAGCUGAUGCGCCCCCAAGACUCCCCUCGCCAGGCCACGGCGGCCCUCUCCGGGUGCCGCCCGUCCGGAGCCCGCCCAUGGAGACGAUCGUGGGACGAGGAAGAGCUCUGCAGCCUCUCCUGCUGCCACAUCGCUCAGACCACGCCCACCAGGGCCAGCCGCAGCAGCGUCACCAGACGUCUCCACAGCAGCAGCAGCUCCACCGACAGCAGUUUUCAGGGCAGCAGCAGCAGCAACAGCAUCGACCGCCAGCACAGCAGCAGAGCCACGCGAGUCCGAGCCACGACCAGGACAACCAGCCGUCGCGGCAGCACCUGGUGUCGGUGUCCGCGGGCAACGUGACGCAAAUCGGCCCCGAGAUCUCGGAGAGGUCACAGCACCCUGUCCCCGCCCCCGCGCCCUACUACGUGCAGAUCCUCCCGCCGAGCUUCAGCCAGCUGCCGCACCUGGAGACCUUCUCGAUACCACGAGAGCACAGAAAGUCCCAGCAGGAGUCCAGGAAGCGGGUGGGCGUGUCAGGGCGGUCGAACCGAGGGCGUAGCCUCUCCGGCAUCGGCGUUCCACCUCCAGGAGGCCGUGCUGCUGUCUUCACACCCCUACUUCUGCAGCUGCAGGAUGACCACCGAGGGAGGUACAUCCCCCUCCGGCCGCUUCCUGACCCCCCUGUCCUAACAUAAGCCAAAUGACUUCCAAGUGAUCAAUAUUUCUCUCUAUAGUUACAUCCAAUCCAAUUGUCAGUCC